AAAUUGACAAAAUUUUAAUCAAUCUGACAGCUAGAUUUUGGUCCUUGUUUUCGAGACCGGAAACGCGCUAUCCCCCGGGUGCUCGGCGGAGCGGAUACGCGCCUGCACGCCAGACGACAUUUUCGUAGGCCGAGCGGCUGGUCCGCCGUCGCCGCCGUUCCUCUGCGCAAAAGCGAGGAUUCCGCUUCUUAUCGUGUCGCGACGGGAAAGUGUCCGCGCGAAGCGGCGUCCGCCUCGGCUUUUCCCGGAGAUAUUCGUCCGCGCGCGAGCGGCCGUCUCGUACACGCCGGAAACGCGACGCUCGGUGAGGUUCGUAGCCUCGGGGACGGACCUAUGUUAGUGGUCCUGGACCGGACUCUUCGCCUUCGCGCCGCGUACAUACAUAUAUAUACUUUGUCGUUUGCGAAAUCGUAGUUUCGGGGUGGGUUUUGUGACAAUUCCGUCGCGAAUUCUCGACGAACGUUUGACCCUCCCUUUUCGUCGAUCGCUCCGUUUCCCUCGCGCGAGUUUCUAGUUUCGUCGUCUUCGUCGUAGUAAAGAAAAGCCCCCGAUCCCCCAGUCCCAGGUGAUGUUACGCGAUCGAUAAUUCCGGCGCCCGAUCUCGGCAACGACGAGCCUACGCGACGCCCCGCGCGAAAUUGAGACAUUGUCAGUUGUCUCGGAAACAAACGGCACCUACUAUGCCGACGGCAUUCGUGCCGUGAUAGACGUCGUCCGUCGUGUCGUGCUCGCGACGCCGGCGGCGACGAUGAAUCCGUCUGUCAAACUUUUUUGUGCGCGCGGCCAAAGGAAAUAGGCCGAUAGACGCGCGUACUGUCUCCGCGAACCGCGUGCGUGCGUGCGUUCGCGCACGCGCGCCUUUGUGUGCGCACGCGCGCGCGCGCGCGUGUGUGUGUGUGUGUGUGUGUUGUGUCUGGCGGUGCAGCUUAUCCACGAGAUCUCCUCGCAGAUGGACUUAUCCUCGAUAUGUGUACCAUGACGACUCGUCGGACGGACAGACGGACGCGUGCAUUUGGCGGCGGCCAUUUUGAAUUGAUUGUGAGUGCUCGCCACGGCAGCGCGGCGGCGAUUAUCAACAUCGUCGCGUUGUAACGCCAAAAACGGACGGUUUUUCGUGUCGUCGUUUCCCUCGACGCCCCGCGCCAACCUCCCCGUGAUACCCCGCUGCGAGUGAAGCUUCCGUGAAGAGAACGGGCACGUACGCACAUACGCAACGCGUCGUCGUGCGUACUUGGAAAUGGUGCCGCUCAGCCGGGCUUUCCAUCGUCGAGAGGAAACGCCGAUAAGUGCGACGGCGACACGACCGAGGAGCCACGACCACCGAUCGUAGAAAAUCCAUACUGUUAAGAACAGGAGGAUUUUGUCGACGUGUGAGAAGAAAGAGAGAGGGAGAAGAGGAAAAAACGCGCCGAUAUAUGCACUCGACGCGUAGAUCGUUCGAAUUUGACAUGUGACCGCCAGCAGUCGCGUUUACGUAAGUUGUCCCCCGACAGACGCUCACGCGGUCGCAUUCGCAUAUUCACGAAGGAACAUUAAUUUCCAGCGCUCGUAAAGCAUCCGGUGUAUCUUGCGAACGACGCUCCGUCGGUGACGAAGAAUACCGAACGUUAUGCUUGACUCUGGCAAUUCGUCGACUGUGCGAUCGACGACUGUGUGACGUGUGACAGACAGCUGUGGGCAGCCGAGCAGUUGACAGCCCAGUCGAGGCUAACCUCAAAAUUGUGCGGCCGAAUCUCGCCGAGAUCGUUAUCGUCGAGUACCAUCGAGUAUCCGUUGACGAGACGGUGUAAUAAGUUUCGUAAAUGACAACUGGAUAAGCAGAAAAAUCUGCGAAUAACGUGACUCUGCGAGAAAUUUCACGAUUAAUUGUCAACGGUGAGAAACGGAAUCAUUUUCCUCAAUUCCUUGGCUUGAAAUUGUGCGAGAAUCUUUCCUAAAUAUUCCGCAUCGUGUUGCACCGAUGUACAAGUACGCAUUAAAUCUUCCUAAAUUAAUAUCUCUGAAAUGAACAAUUUAUUUUCUUCUUAUUUUAAAUUAAUUAUCUAUUAAAUCUUUAAACUAGCAACUCACAGUUCUUUUCUAUAUUUAUAUAUUUCAAAUUAAUAACUCGCGCGUUUAGCAAAUCCUAAAUUAACGGAGAUCUGCUUUCCUAGAUCCUAAUUAAAUCUAUGAUUUAAACAGAAAAGCGAAGACCAAGAAUUAUUUGAAACUUAACAUCCUGCAUAAACGUCGGUGCAACCGAUUUGGAUUCUUCGUCUAAGUAUGUCCUCGCGCUCAUUCGACUGAAAGUUGUCAGUGCAGCGUCUUCAAUGCGGCACGGAACGUCGACAGUCUUGGUCCUUUUGAGACUGGACAGCCCUUGAGAGAUAGAGAGAAAGAAGGGACGAGAGAGAGAGAAAGAAAAAGAAAGAAAUGACGAAGAAGGAGCCAUGAGCACGGCGGAUACCGCGCUGUCAAUUUCUAUCAACAUGGCCCCAGGGCCGGAACAUCGCCAGGAACCGGUAGCUCCUGACAAAAUAGACGAGGGCGAUCGUGCCGCAGCCGCUACCGCCGAUGUUGACGUGGAGAACGUCGAUACUACGACAACUAGUAGCAGCAAUAACAACAACAGCAACGACUCCGUCGCCGCUGUCGCUGUCGUGGAGCAAAGUUCAAACAUCGAGAUCGCUCCAGCUACUAAUUUUGCCGCUGGCGCCGAUUCGGCCAACCAAAGCUCACCGUCGAAUAGCGGCGUCGAUAGCAAACAGGAAGAACCAGCAACUCUGUCCGAAUUAAAUGAUAGCGAAUUACGUGCUUUACUGGAUGAAGCUAUAACAUACAAGUGCCCCAAAGAUCGAGAAGGAAAAUCUCACCUUUUUAAGGAACUUUUACAAGAAGCAGAAGCGGAUGAGACCGAAGAAGGACAUAGGGUGAUAUGUAAUUCCCGUUGUCUCCCCGGCUCAAAUCGAAGAAGACAUAAACGGGAUUCUGUAUCUGAGCGUUUGACACAUGGUGGAUCAUUGCAAAAUUUAGCACAUCCCAUUGCUUCAGAAUUUGAUAGUAGCUUUGCUUAUCCAACAUCCAGUUCAUGUCAUACUUAUGGAAGCAGUAGGAAAAAGAACAAGAAAUAUAUAGGACCUAGUGUCUCUGCUAGACAGAGAGAAGGUGGAUCAUUACCAUCAGAUGUAGAUGCAUCGCAUAGCCUUGCUUCUUUGGCUAAUCUAGAUCUAUCAUUUGAUAAAAAGAAGAAUUUCUGUGUGGAACGGUCAGUGUAUGACUGGACCAAUAAGGAAAAAUCCAAGUCUCUAGACAAACCGUCGUAUACCAGUACAAAGAAGGAAGAAAAAGAAAAGGAAAAGAAGGAAUCGAAAAGGGACACUGCUAGUUCAAGCGAGAUAGAACUUGAAACACGAGAGAAAAAAGUUAGUAAAGGAAAAUACGGAACAAAUGAAAUGCUGGAAUCAGAUAAUCCACCUCCAGAAUAUAAGUCGGAUUACAUGGUGAUCGAUUUAGGCGAUGUUGAGGUAGGUGCUAUCAGUGAGAGAAAUGUAGGAUCUAUGGCAAGCGGAAUUCAAAGACCUCGCUCCUUAGACACCGAAAAUGACGAAGGAACUGAGAUGAGAAUCAUUGAACCACGUAAACCUAUCCAUUAUGUCACACGGGCAACUUUAGAUGUGGAUAGCCCUAUAGAAUUUCCUAUUCGCGAUCAUAAGCAGGAGAAAUCAAAAAUGUCUGUUAAUGGUACAGAAGUGACAGGAACAUUGUUUCAACCACACAACAGUGUAAAAUGCAGUAUAGGAGGAGCUUCAAACAGUUCUAGUACUAGCCAGAGCAAGAUUGUGCCAAGUUUGUGCUCUGUGAUGCCAUCUUGGCAAGCACAGAAUUUAACGCUGGCAGGUCAAUUGUGCGCAGAAGGUCCCAGGUAUACGGCACAGCACAUCACGAUGAAAGAUCCAUCCGUGUCGGGAGAAAAGAAAUCGUUGGACGAAAACGGAAACGCUGUACAAUCCUACAAUGAUCGUUUUGCAAAGAAACUUAGAAGGAAACAUACUCAGGAACAUAAUGUCAAAGUUUACAAUGCUGAAAAUGUCGAGGGUCAUCGUAAUGAGGAUAUUGACAGCUUAAUUAACUUUAUUGAGAAUAAAGAAUCCAAAAGCAAAAAAGGAAAGACUAGUAAUCCUGUUAGGGUGAAAGCCAGCUCUGGUACAAAACCGAGAACUAGAGAGAAAGAUACAAAGAGAGAACAGUUACCGUCAAAGUUACAAAAGUCUAACUCCUUGGAAGAGAUUUCAAAGACAAAAUUAGAGGAUCUCACAACAGAGAAAAGCGUUAGUUCCAGUGGGGCCAGUAGUGUAUCCAGCCAACAUGGUGACAAUGUGGCAUUGCGACGUCCGAAGCAAAGGAGCACCGGAGACGCGACAGUUGAUAGUCGAGGCGAUAGACGAUCUUGGGGGACAGAGGAGGGUCAAUCGAUAUAUUGCAACGACACGGGAGAGGAUUAUACUAGUCGCCGUAAUUCCAACAAAAAGAUCAAUCCAGAACCGGAACAUGAGACGGCGGAAUUUCUGGUAGUUACGAAGAAGAAGAAGAGCAAGAAACAGAGGAGAAGCUCCAGUGGUAGCAGGGCGCAAAAUCUGACGACGUCAGGAUCGUAUCUACAAAGUUCUAGAGGAUUCUCCAAUGAAUAUAGGACACCGCUCUCUCCCGAGCUGCGAAGAAAAUCGGCGAGCAGUAUGCCUCCUAGUGACAAAUCGGAUAGCAGCGACUUAGAUUCGGUCCACUCGUUGCCGGUUACGUCGAAUAGCUCAAAGCAUAAUUUGACUAAAGUCGCGACCUCAUCAGGCGGUACUCCGCAAGCGAGUUAUGCGGACAUAGCGCGCAUGGCCACUAUAUCGCACAAUCUGAACAUGUCCACGAUCGUUCCGGGCAUGUUGAAUACAGCAUCGUGGCCCAGUGUACCUCCCAAGACUCCUUCAGAGCCGGACAAAGUACCGCAGGAUUAUUACCCAAGUUUGGACGAGAUACAGCAUUCGGAGAGAAAAGUGAGACAACAACAAAACUUUGCCCAAUCGAAUCAUGCAGCGGCGAGUUUGAGUCUCGCUUUCGAGAAGUCGCUUUCGCCGACACUGACAAAAGUGAAAAAUUUAUCAGAUAGAAAGAAAGCCGAAGCUCAGGAAGAAGCAAUUAAUAAGAAUAUUCAAGUGUUUAAAUAUGUACAAGACAUCGAAAAAAUGCAGGAGAGUCUAACGCAACAAGAACAAAAGCACCAUAUGGCUUCGAAUAAUUACAACAUGAAUACAAGCGAAACUAUCGCAACAAACACUGUAACGCCAAGAUUGAAUAAUAAUAAUACAACGAUGAAUUAUAAUCCACUCGAUGCCGAUAAUAAUCCCAAUUGCACUGUCAACAAUAAAGAUUCUGUGGCACAUUCGAGAACUAAUAAUCCUCGUUCUCGCAGAAGUUAUGUACAUGGUAAUCAAAAUGUACAAAUUCAGGGAUUGUACGAAGAACAAUAUGUUAAAAAGGUUGCACCUCCGUAUCAUGAUGAACCGAUUAAAAAAUCACACAGCACCGAUACAUCGCAGUCCGAAAUCAGGACUAAUCCAACAAUCGCAUCCCAUAGCGAUAGUGCAGACACACAGAAGUUGAAAACUACGAAACUUACGCAAGAGUCGCAGGAUGUCGAGUCCGAGCCAAGCAAUAACAAAAACAAGAUGACCAGUAGCGACCCGAGGACAGCAAGGAUCGUGAAAGAAUAUCCGAACAACAACAUUACGAUGAAGCACGAUGUAGCGAAAGUGGGAAUCUGUCAGACGCAAAAUCCGAAGCAAGAUACUCAACAGCGCGAGGAUACGGAGAAUAAAAAGAUCAAAUCUGAUAAAGACCAACCGCAAAGAUCAUCGACGGUGGAGAUGCAGCAGACGAAAAAUUCAACUCCUAGACCGGCGGUGAUCUUGUUGGAUGAAACCACCUCGGACAUCGCCAAGAACAAUAAUCUACCGACGGAACUUACGUUUGGCUUCGAGAUAAACGAACAAUUGUUGCUCUCGGAGGACAAUGGCAACGAGGAGACUCAGGCAACCGCGACGAGUAGUUCUGCUUUCUCUCCGACUGUACCGCCGCUCGUUAAUAAAUCGUCACUCAACACUUUCGAGAGAAAUCCGCCAUUGUUCACUGAGAAAUCCGCAAGGUACGACAAGUUUUCGUCGAAUUAUCAUAUGCAAUCACCGAACGCCCAUAUAACACCGACAAAUGCACAUGUGACGCCUGUGCAUCCGGUCAUGGUACAACCGCUACCAUACAUGGGCUAUCCCAACACAAGAUUUCCACCGCCUACGUAUUUGCCACCACCGCCUCCACCACCACCCGGAAUCAUGGAGAAAUUUCAUCCGCCGAAAGAAGACUUCGCUAUGCUUUAUGUAGCACCCGAGGAAGAGCUAAAUGUGCAGACAUACAACCACGAUAAGAUCGUGUCUUUCGUUGGCUUAGCAUGGGAUGCGGUCAUGAGAGAAAAUGUGACUGCAACCGGUCGUAUACAGUUCUAUAGUGGACAAUGAAGUGAAAGUUGUUGAAACAAAGGAAAUAGGCAAUAACAAUAACUUUUGUAUUGGUAAACCACUCCCAUUACAAAUUACAUUUAGUUAGUUUAAUCUUGGGUCUUUUGUUGAUAAUAUGAGACCAAGCACUUGUAUGUACUGUGUGUACAGUUACAUAUCCCUCGAAUAUGGACAUAAAAUUCGCUUGGAGAAUCGUCUAUCUUAUUGCUCGAAUCAAAUGAAUUGGUGAAUUGAUAAAGCGAGAUUAAUGGAACCGAGCGAUACGAAGUGUGCCUCAAGAGAUAAUAAUAGCAGUGUACAUACAAUCGGUCUUCAAAAAUGGGAGACAAGGAAAAGGAUAAAGAAAUGUAUAUUCCAGCAAUGUACGUUGCAUUUGUGUGAAUUUCAAACAAUGAUGGCAGUGUCGCGAAACUUCAGUAUUGACAAUUAAGAACGUUUGAUCGGGAAAUGUGAGGGUUAUCUCUCGAGAAUUACAUAUAUAUAUAUAUAUAUAUAUAUUGUUUCUUUGAUUAAAGGGAACUUCCAGUGUACGAAUCACGCGUGUAAAUACAUUAUAGAUAUCUCUAUAAAUUUUCAAAGAUUGUCUUUAAACUUUGUUUAUGAGAGUGUAAAUUUUCAAAAAGUGCUUAAAGGAAACAUUACAAAGAAAUACGAACUUGUAAUAACCAGGUCUACCAUGAAGCAGGUCUGUGAAGAAGAAAACCUCACACAUCAAAAAAUGGUGUUUCCUGGUGCCUUUGGACUUGUGAAUCUUUAGGCGAAUCAACGGAGAACAAAAUUGACGAAGCCAGAUGUGUGUACUCUAAUCACGCAUUAAAUCGAGAAAUUUGCCAAGAGUAUCAUAAAACAUCUAUAAUAAGAUUUUGAACUCUUGAGCUGGAACAAUCUUAAUUGUCAUUGUGGAAGAUUAUGAACCAGUUGGUGAGUCGAAAUAUUACAGGUUAAAAUAUAAAGAGAUAUCGGGUAUUUUACUUGAUAAUACAAAUUAAGACAUGUGGACUAUAUCGGAGAAAUGUAAAUGUGCAGUUAUGUAAUAUAUUGAGAUGAUAGUGUGGUUGAGUUAAAACUCAGAGUGGCUACUUCUUCCAGCUAUGGAGCACUCGAUAGUAUAAAAUAAAAAAAAGUCACUAACUGGGUUUUGAAAAUGUCAAAGUGCGCUCAAAAUCUGGUCAAAUGUCUGUGAAGAUAGAAUGCCGAAUGUGUCGCAAAAUAAAUUUUUACACAGACUUGCUUAUUUAAUAAAUAACUGAUAAUUAUAUUCAUAAUGAUAAUAUAAGAAGAUACUUGCUUGUGAUCAGUAAAAAUACGAUGAUGUGAAUGAAUUUGUAUGUGUGUGUAUAAUUCAUGUAGAUUUCGUAUAGAUUUUAUCGGGUAAUUAUAGAAAUGAGAUUGCUGUUCGAUCAUAUAAUCAUUAUAUACACGUUGAAAUAUCUCUGAACUUUUCCAGGGAUUCUAAACAAAAGUUAUUCCAAAUUAAUUGCAUUUCAUGUGAAUAUGCUAUAAUAUUCUUAUACUAUAAUAUUAUUCGUUCAAUAGACUUUAUUACAUUUACGAAUCACUGACAAUAUCUACUGCCUCGCUUACUUGUCUAUCGUCUACAAUGUUAUAUAAUCCUUUAUUCCAGAUUUUGUAAAAAAAAAAAAAAAAAAUGAACAGUUUAUUGAUAUAAUUUUUGAU